GAUACAAGGAAGGAGAGAGAGAGAGAGAGAGAGAGAGAGAGAGAGAGAGAGAGAGAGAGAGAGAGAGAGAGAGAGAGAGAGAGAGGGAGAGUGUGCGUGACGGGAGCUAGCGGCUACAUCGGUUCAUGGGUAGUGCGUCUCCUCCUCAAUCGAGGAUAUACAGUCCAUGCCACGGUUCAAGAUCUCCAUAAUGAGAAAGAGACGAAGCAUCUGCGGGCCUUGGAAGGUGCAGAUUCGCGACUCCAUUUGUUUCAAAUGGACCUCCUUGAUCACGACUCCGUUCUAUCUGCAAUCAAAGGAACCGUCGGUGUGUUACACCUGGCAUCUCCCCUCACCAUUGGUCGUGUCGAAGAUCCCGAGAAAGAGCUUAUCCAUCCAGCCGUUCAAGGGACGGUGAAUGUUCUGGAAGCUGCCAAAUCGUGCGGUGUACAUCGAGUCGUGGUGACGUCAUCCGUCAACUCGAUCACGCCCAGCCCUAAAUGGCCCACUGACAUGAUCAAGGAUGAGAGUUGCUGGACGGACGAGGAGUACUGUAGGCAGAACGGGAUAUGGUAUCCUCUUUCAAAGACUUUGGCGGAAAAAGCUGCAUGGGAAUUCUCCAAGGAGAAAGGACUAGAUGUGGUUGUGAUCAAUCCUGGGACAGUCAUGGGUCCCAUCCUUCCUCCUGCUAUCAAUGCUAGCAUGGGCAUGCUAAUUCGCCUUGUUCAAGGAAGCAAUGAACCAUACGAGAACUACUACAUGGGAUCAGUUCAUGUCAAAGAUGUUGCAUUAGCUCAUAUUCUAGCAUACGAGGUUCCAUCGGCAUCAGGGAGGCAUCUUUGUGUUGAAGGAAUAUGCCAUUUCAGCGAUUUUGCAGCGAAAGUUGCUGAACUUUAUCCAGAAUACAAUAUUCCAAGCUUCCCAAAGGACACUCAACCUGGCUUAUUGAGGGCUAAGAAUCCAGCCAAAAAGCUAAUUGACUUGGGCGUCAACUUCAUCCCCAUGGAGGAAAUCAUCAAGGAUGCAGUAAAAGACUUAAAGAGCAAAGGCUACAUUCCCUGAAUGAUAUCUGUGUGUGAAGAGAAUUCCCUCGAGCCAGAGCACCUGAACAUUGUCUAUUAUGCUGGGUUUUAUUAUAAAUAUGAAAUAAACAAUGCUUUUUUAUGUGAUGCAUUUUAGUUUACUUAUUAUAAAUAGUUAUUAUCAUUUGC